CGCAACAGACCCAUGUUCUACCGGCUGAUAGUCUUCCUCGCCGCCGGAGAGUGGAACCUGGUGACGGCCGGUAUCGCAGACCCUGACGUGUCGGAACUCAGUCUUCUGCCACUCGACAGGCUGUUACUGGUCAAACGAAAUUUGAAACCUAGUCCUUCAGAGAUUCCGGCAGCUGAUCUCAAUGAUUCAACGAGACCCGGGGCUUUACCCUUGCGAGGAGACCCGGCCUUCCUGCGGCCGACCGAGCCUUCCAGGAGAGGUGGAGGUCCACCCAUCUGGGUCGAGGAGGUGGUGGACACAUCCUGGAAAGGAGGUGGAGGCUAUAGCCAUGGAGGUGGAGGCUACAGUCAUGGAGGAAAAGGAAAGGGAGGACUAGAAGCUAUAUUUCAGGGCACAGUGACAACUCUGGCAUUCCUAGCCUUCGGCGGCUAUCUCUUGUGUCUGGUCCUCCACAUGCUCAAAGAGAAGAAGGCGGCGCUGACGAUGACUCUGCUGACCACUACUGCGCCAGCGGUGACCAGAAGACGUCGCGACGCCACCCCCGUCUCCGCUUCUAAACCAGAUGAGAUGUACCGGGCACUGCGCCACCUUGCUGAGGGCUACGCCAAGUACAACCAACAUUGCCUGGACCACUCGUGAAUCACAACAACAUCGAAAGCCUGU